GGGGAGAAGAGAAAGAAAGGUAGCGUAAAAAUAAGUAUUGGCAGUGUAACUCUAUUAAAAAAUCCCCCCCAAAAGACUUUACGUUUUGAUCAUCUUGCCAAGCCCUGUCCCAUCCCGCCCCGCCCCCCUCGAUCAAAACAUCUUGGCAACGCACAUGCAGUUAGGGUUGAUCCGUCUACCAGCAGCGUUUGAUACAAAAAUAUACGCACUCGAUCUGACUGCACGGUCUCGUCUAAAUCUUUAUAAACCUUCACUGCCUACACAGCCUACAGACUACCAGUAUCUUGGGGGUAUUAUUUACCUCUGUAUUUGUGAGAAACUUCAUUUUGCUUCCUAUGAAAUGAUAUCUUAACAAUGGAGAGGUUGAUCUGUAUUCUCGGCCUUGUAGCGGCUUGUAUAUCGAGUCUUUUCGCUCAGGAUUUACCACCGUUUACGGACAAGAAUUGCCGAACCGAUGCUUAUCCACCAUCCCCCAGUGAUGCAGCUCCUAAAUAUGUCUUCAAUAUGGACUUGGACCCGGAAGAUAGAUGGACAGAGUUGGUCCAGCCUAAAUCAGCAAAUAUCAGUUUUCUAAUAGAAGACAUCAAAGGGCUUGUUGGGCUCCUACUGGGCAAGAAACUCACUUCUGAGGUCAUUGAUGAUUUAUUUGGUCCAGUUGUGUCUUCUCUACGUGAGCCGUAUGACCGUGAACUUCAAGGCAUUGCGGAGGCGACUGGGAUCCCCAUUGGUGAAAUAGUACUGAUGAAUAUCUUCUAUGAGAUAGAAUCCUUCUGCACUGCUGUAAUAGCACAGACUAAAAGUGGUGACAUCUAUCACGCACGGAAUAUGGACUUUGGAACCUUCCUAGGGUGGGAUGUAAAGACGAAUGAAUGGAUAAUCUCUGAGAGACUCAAACCUUUGGUUACCAAUGUGGAGUAUCAGCAAGGUGGGAAGGUGAUCGCUCGAGCUGUUCACUUCGCUGGUUAUGUUGGAAUUCUGACUGGAUUAAAACCGGGAGUGGUUAGUCUUAACAUCAACGCUCGUCAUAAGUUGAAGGAUAGCGGUAUACUUGGUUUUAUUGAGUGGAUCCUGGGCGAUCGCAAGCCAUACUGGACCGGAUUUGCACUAAGAGAUGCUAUCCUCAUGGCAAAAGAUUUCAACAGUACCGUAGAGUAUCUAUCUACUGUAGAUACCAUGGUGCCUUCCUAUCUUACUGUUGGUGGUAUGAACCCAGGAGAGGGCGUGGUCAUCACUAAAGCCCAAGGAAAUAAAUCGGAUGCCAUCAGGAGGAUAAACGUUGAUCAAGGAAACUGGUUUUUGGUUCAGACUAACUAUGACAGCUGGAAGAAUGCACCAUGGUAUGAUGACAGAAGAGAUCCAGCCAUCAAAUGCAUGAAUAACAUGACACAACCGAAUGUUAGUUCAAAGAGCUUCUUCAAUGUAUUGUCAACUAAGCCAGUCUUGAAUAUGCUUACCACCUUCACCGCUUUAAUGCAUGUAAGGGAAGGGACUCUGGAAGCCUAUAUUCGCCAUUGUCCACAACCUUGUUUCCCAUGGUAACCUUCAUGACCAUGAAAGCCGCGCCCACGACUGAGCCCAGGAAAAAAAAGUUUUACAUAUUAAUCCUCCAAUGUUUGUCAUGUCUCGUUCAGUAAAAGAAUCGUUGAUUCAUUUCAUAGUGAUAGAUAAUGGUGGUGGUUUUUGAAUGGUUGUAAGUUUUGUGAGACAUGGUCCUACAUAGUUUUGUUGAAAAGUAGAAUGACAAAUACAGAAAGUAGUCUUAAUUAAAACCGAAGUUGACCAUUAUACCAAUAUGACGUCACAACUCUUCAGAAUCUAUUUCGACUCCAUAUAGUGUAGUAAUCAAAAUGCGAUUUAGAACUUUGGAAAGCAGGCCCAGUCAUGAAUAAUUUGAAUUGUCAAAUCAGGUACUAUAAUUUGUUUUGUAAAAUGUUAUUCCAAACAAGUUUCUUAAUUCCUUCUGCAAAUCAAUAAUUGUAAUUUAAUAAGUCCAAUAGUUUUUCUGUCACAUUCGGAUUCUAAAUUAGAUGAUAAAUCUUUUCGUCACUGAUAGUCUGUUACGUAGGAGGGGAGGAGAAAGAGUGAGUGAAAAGUGGUAGCAAAGAGAGGGGGAAAGGAGAGAGAAAGGGUGAGAGGCAGAGAGAGAGAGAAUGAAUAAUAUAUUGAAUAACUACAUAGAGAUAGUGAAUUAUUGUGCAAUAAUGUGGAAAAAUGAGGAAGACCGUUCUUUUGAUAUUUUUAUAUGCGUGUGAAUUUUUAUAACUGGAAUCCUCUAUUGUCAGAGAACUGGAGAAUAAAAUCAUGUAUUUCAAAUA